ACCAGUUCUCAGCAGUCUUCUAGACAGGACCUCCUCGUCUAUCUUAUCAAACCCUUUCGCUCUUUCCCAUCAUGGCAGCACUGUGGCUUCAUUCUGCCCCAAUCCUGGUCUUAUUAGUUAUGUCAUGGCCGUGCUCCAGAGCUCUUUCUUCGCAACGCCUGUGUGGCACUCACCUGGUGGAGGCCCUCAAUAUGGUCUGCGAGGACAGAGGCUUUUUCACCAGUUCCCGGAGGGACCUCAACUCUGUGCUGCGUCUCUUACCGUCAAAGACUGAGGGGGCGACAUUGACCGGCAGCAUGAAUGAGAUCGCGGGAUACGCCUUCAACAACCCGAUGGACAUGAUGGUGAAGCGUGAGGGCAUUGUGGAACAAUGCUGUCACAAUCCAUGUAGCAUGCUUGUCCUGGAUAAAUAUUGCAACUAG